UGUUUACAUCAUUGGUUAGAAUAUUGCGCUAUCUUCCUCGCACUAGUGAAUCGCAAUAUUUCUUGUUUCGUUGCAACCUGUGGAAAGGUGGCUGUGCUUUUUUGACAGGUGACAAUGGCAAGUCAACGAAGGCUGUAAUGGCGGCUAUUUAGUGCGUGCCUGUAAACCGUCAACGAAAGUGUUUUUGUUGUUAUUUAAUGAAUUAUUUUAAUUACCGGUUAAGUAUAACCUAUGUCUUAUAAAAAAUAGUGAAAACCUUCCCAAAGUGCCUGAAAGUACAAACCUUCCAGUGAAAUGUUCCGUUUUUUGAGUGGCCGAAAAAAUCGAACGAACACCCGCACAAACGGGACCGAAAUAAAACCCACGAAAAUAACAAACAAGAACCUAAUUCAAUGCAGAGUGAUUCUUUUAGAUGGCACUGACCUGUCCGUGGAAUUAUCAAAGAAGGCCGAAGCCAGGGAUUUGUAUGAGCAGGUCUUCUACUCCCUGGAUUUGAUUGAGAAAGAUUACUUCGGACUGCAGUUCACGGAUGUGAACCACGUGAAGCAUUGGUUGGACCCCACUAAGUCCAUCAAGAAGCAAAUAAAAAUUGGCCCCCCUUAUACUUUAAGGCUCAAAGUGAAAUUCUACUCAUCUGAACCUAAUAAUUUAAGAGAAGAGUUAACGCGGUAUCAGUUUUUUUUGCAACUGAAGGCAGAUAUUUUAGAGGGUAAAUUGGAAUGCCCCCACCCUACGGAUAUUGAAUUGGCAGCUUUAGCGCUACAGUCCGAAUUAGGCGACUACGAUGAAUCUCAGCACACCGCCGCCACCGUCUCCGAGUUCCGCUUCGUCCCCGACCAGACGGAGGAGAUGGAGAUCGAAAUCCUCGAAGAGUUUAAAAAACUUCGCGGCCUCACCCCCGCCCAAGCCGAACUCAGCUACUUAAACAAAGCCAAGUGGCUGGAAAUGUACGGAGUCGACAUGCACACAGUCCUCGGUAAGGACGGCAUGGAGUACCGCCUCGGCCUGACCCCCACCGGCAUCCUCGUCUUCGAGGGCAUCCAAAAGAUCGGGCUCUUCUUCUGGCCGAAGAUCGGCAAGCUCAACUUCAAAAAGAAGAAACUGACGCUGGUCGUGGUGGAAGACGACGAUCAGGGUCGCGAACAGGAACACACUUUCGUGUUCCGCUUACACAACGAGAAGGCUUGUAAACAUUUAUGGAAGUGCGCGAUCGAACAUCACGCCUUUUUCCGGUUGAGGGCGCCGGUGAAGGGGCCGUCGGCCAGGCAGAAUUUCUUCAGGAUGGGAUCGCGCUUCAGGUACUCGGGGAGGACGGAGUAUCAGAGCACGCACCAUAACAAGCCGAGGAGGAGUGUGCAGCUGGAGAGGAGGCCGAGUCAGAGAUACGGAAGACGACAAAGCCACGUUUUACGAGAAAGACAAAAAACACAAGAAGCAGCAAACGUAAUCGAAAAAGUAGAACCCAUACAACCAAGUUCGAGUAGAUGCAGCGAGCGCUCGAAUAAAUCCAGUGGAACGACGACCACAGAAGCAGAUCCUUUGUAUUGCAAAGUUAACGACGAAGUAAUCAAACCAUCAACACCUACGAACACGGGACCAGAAUCUCUAGGGUUGGUCAGUCAGAGUAGCUUCGGGAAAGGUUCAAUAGGGCAGAAUUCAUUCGGGAAGGGAUCAGUGGGCUGUAGUUCCUCCUACAGUCCGGUGUUAUCGACUGGUAGCAAGAAUGGAACUUUGAAACGGAAACCGACGACGCCGACAAGUCCAACACCUUCGAAUACAGACAGUCAGCUCGAUUUUCUCCUGAAGAGUUUGGCGAAGGAAGCGUUCAGUGGGAUACAGAGAGACGAAGCGAGGAAUGAGAUCAGCAGGGAUCGGAAGGAGGACGAGGUGAAGGCGCUUCCUGCAGAAAUUCCAAAUAAUAUAACGAAACACUUGAAUAUGGCCAAGCCGCUGCCGCCUGGGCAAAUCAAGUGUAAUAUACUGAAAGCAAAACUCGAAGAAGAGUUAGGUUCUUCAGUAGUUACAAAACUCACAAACCAGAUGUUUGUAGCAGCUGCCAACAACGACGAAGCAAACCUAAACUCUCUAAAUGCAGCAACUUUUGUGUCCGUGGGUGGCGAUAAAUUAACACUGUCAGUAACCGGUCCCGCCAGUACCGCCCCCAUCCUCAAAUCCCCCAAACUCGAUAACGAGCUGAACGAUCAAAAGCGGUGCGCGACACCAGUCACCGUCACGUUUUUCGGUCACAACGACAACGGCAAAUUAGAGAAGGUCAUGUUACACGAGAAACAACCGUUGAGUUUGUUGAGCACCGAUUCGCAGAUGAGCGAUACCGAGUCGAGCACGUCGACGAACAAUUCGAAUCCGUUCGCCACGUACAUCGCGGAAAAUAACACGAAUCCCUUCCAAGGUCACAAUCCUUUCCUCGCUAAUAACCCGUUUAGGAACGAGGAAGACAAGGUCGAGGAGAAAUCGGAAACGGACGGUUCGAUUAAGCAGGUGGACGAAGACGCCAAGUCACCGAGCACGGUGCCAUCUCUGAGCAAACUCUCUCCGUGGCUUGUGUCACAGGAGGUGGUGUCGUCACCUGUGGCUAAGGUGAACACUACAGAGACCACUAUCAUAAGGAAGUCGGUCAUUACGACACAGCUGUAAGAUGGUGCUUCUACAAAAUGUGAUAAAUUUUCUUGCAAUUUUUUAAAGUACUUAAUUUUUUUAUGUUUUGUAUAUAAUGAGGUUCUACGAAUUUUUAUUUUGUAGAGUAGGUGUUUUUAAUCUCGUAUCAUUUUAUUGCACUAAUUUCAGUUACGUAGACUGUGCCUUUUCAGUAUUUCAUGAAUACUACUUCCAUUUAGGGGACCAAUUCAAGUGUGAUUUUAUUGUCGAAAGCAAAUUUGAAAAGUGCCAUCGUUUUGUAUUUGAUCAUUUUACAAAGUGACUUUUUGAGAUUUUAUGAACAGAUCCGUCCUUUUUGAUGAAAUUAUAUUUCUUUGACUCGAAUAAAAUAUUUAUAUAUGUUA